ACUUCCGCUGAGAGCAGCACUGGCUUGAUCCAGAUUCAAAGAUUGUCACGCAGCGCGAGUCGAACCAAAUCAUAUAUCCUUCCGUUCGUCCAUACCAAGAAUGUUCGCAAACUGAAAAUAAUACGCAAAUAGAGAUGUCCCCCGCCCUCGAGGGGGCUUGUUGCUCCCUCUCGAGGCCUCCUGCUGUCUGCCGGGAUUUACCGCCUCACGCUGCGGUCCUGGUGUUCAUUAAAAGCUGCGCCGCUGCCAACAAAGGAGUACCUGGCUACGAGGUUGGAGGUACUGCCGCUCACCCUGAAGGAACUCUUUGUUCUGUGGAACACCGUGCAUCGGCGCCGUUAACGUGACCAGCUACCCGUCCGGCGUGCUCAUGCAGACAGAAAUAUGCUGUGAUGCAACUGGGAUGAGACGUGGAUUUCUCCAGCACCUUCGUUUUGCGCACCAAACACUUGAUGUUUGUAUUGCCACCCGCUUGGAUACAGACCGUCUUGACCAUGGACGAGGCUUGGACAAAUACGGUCGUAAACAACAUGAGUCCACCAGAGAGAGCGUUCAGCCAGCAACGCUGAGAAAAAUCAAGACGCCGUACCGAAAACGUAGUCAAGUUGAAGGUCAGCCUGAAGAGCAUUCUUCUGUUUCAACCAAAGCAGCAGCGAAGAGGCGGAGCCACCACAACGCCAGCCCUGAUGAAAAGUCAAGACAAGGAGAACGCCCUAUCAUCUCAAAGUAAACCCAAAACGAAAACCAAAAUGAAGGUGUGCAACGCUCCUCCAUUGAAGAGGUCAGGGAGAAAACGUACUCCCACUCAAUUUUACGCUGUUAAUGACAAAUUAUCUGAAUCUGAAACAGGGUCCAAUGAGAAAACGAUGCCAUCUCAAAGAAAAGCCCAAAAACUAUCUGUGCAGGAGCCCAAAAAGAAGGUGCUCAAUGCGCCUCGAUUAAAGACAUCAGGGAGAAAACGUACUUCUCAGUUUUCUGCUGUUAAUGACAAAUUAUCAGAGUCCAACUCACUGGAAGAGGAAGAGGAGGAGGCGGAGGCGGUCCCUUCUACAAAGAGGAAUAAACAGGACGAAAGGAGGCCCGUGCAGCAAGGCGGGAAGCUUCAAACCAAGAGCCGCGCACCAUUGAUGCAUGCAAAGGCUAACACGAAGUUGAAGCAGCCUAAGAAGAAUUCCAGUCGAGGAUGCGCCGCGUCCCCUCAAGACCAAGACGAAGGCGAGUGGACACGGGAGGAACUGGCAAAACUACAGCAGGCUAUUUCCAGGUAUCCCUUGCACAUGCCAUUCUACUGGACAAAGGUGGCCACGAUGGUUGGCACGCGCUCUGCGCAGGAGUGCCACGACCGGGACCCGGCUUUGCAGGACUUCCACACUCCUGUGAAGAGCAGCCGGAAAAAACAAAACAAAAAGGGAGAAGCGCCAAAAGCCACAGACCUUCCCGUCAUAUCGGCGGGCAUGAGAACCUUCAAGAGAAAGCAGCAGGUGCGUCAGUUCCAGGAGGCCAUGCCCAGAGAGAACAUGAAUGACGCCUUCAGCGCAGCACAGAGAAAUUGCUUUGAGAUCUCGUCCAUGAGUUCGUCUGGAGACCAGGACUUCAUGAUGGCCAACCUGGAGCCCCUGACACCUGUUUCAGCACAUUUCUCUCCAGUGAAGUGUCUAUACACCAGUCCUGGAAUAGUGGAUUCUCCAAACAGGAACGACGAGGAGAAGUAUGUUUUUCAACUCCAGCAACUGAUAAAAGAAAAUCGGGUCAAAGGCCGCAAACCAGUUCCGGCGAAGAACUGCGUGGCCUCGCCAUCAGUCAAACGAACAAGGGGAGAAUUUGAAAACCCAGGUCGGUUUCAUGUGCAAGGAAACGAUUCUUUGGCCGUUUGGGAGAUGUUUCCAGAGAAAGCUGCCGCUUUGUCUGACAGUGGGGAAGAAGAGGAUUUUUACUUUUCUGACAAUGACUGAUACUACUUGAAACAUGUAAAUCCAGCAGAACUAUACAACUAUAAUAUUUUCAUUUUCUUUAUCAAACUAAAGCAAUAAUAGCCAUUCCCUGCAUUUCACUUGAAUCGGUUGAUUUAGUUUAGUUUUAGUUUUGUUCGUUGAGUUUUAGUUUACCCUUGUGAAUGAGUGAAAUGCAGUCUUAGGUUAAGUGAAAACUCAAAAGUCUGAAUUAUCCUUCGGUGUGAAGGCAAGUGUGAAUGCUUGCUUUUCUAUAUGCACGCCGUCUUGUUUUGCCAUUGAAAUAAAAUAAAUAAAUAUUCACACCAAAACAAGUGUAGCCAGUACAAAAGAUUGCGAUGAAAACAUUUUUCUGUAACAUUUUUCUUCAGCCUUCAGUUUUCAACUUUGGAGCACUCUAUAAUAAUAAUAAAAGCACUUUCGCCGAAAAAAGAUGGACAUGAAGCAAUAAUCUGAAGACUGACAAUGCAAAACUCAUAAACAAUAUCUUCGUAUAAUAUUGUAUUUUUAAUGUCUGUCUAUUUUUUACAAAGUCUGUUUCAGCACAAAUACAUGUUUUGGCGUCAAUACGGCUUUUUCUACAAAGCCAAAUGCAAAUGUUUUUGGGCUGUACAUGUAAUGGUGGCGGACAGCAGAGGGCGCUCUACUUCCUUCUCAAAACAUGAAAGCGGUUCACUUGCGCAUAGCCCCUCCCUUACAUGCCAAAAUGCUGUCAAUUAGCAAAUUGAAAGAAAAAAAAAUAUCCUAGAAACUUAGGAAGUUGAAACUAAAAUCUGAUUAAAAAAAUAAAAUAAAAGCACUGUGACUGGAAAAAAAGAAUGCAUGAAACGCAUCAUAAAAUGAAGAAAUAUAAAUAUACAAUAUAAUACUGUUGUUUUAAAAAUAUAUAUUUUUCAGUGCACGUCCGUCAGUGUCAAUCCAUUUAAUGUUUUCCGUGCCAAUAUUUAACAGCUGUGUUCUGGAGCUAUAGAUUUAUUGCUUUUGAAUAAAUAGUUGCUACGGAGCUCUGAAAAGUUGCCAAAUAUAGCUCCAGUCAUCAUGAUGAGGAAAACCGUACUCUGCAUUUGCAUGAGACAGAGCCGUCACCCCAUAACCGAAGAAUUUGAACCAGUACGACAAGCGGAUGUUAAAAGAAAGUCUACACACCCCUGUUCAAAUCCAAGGUUUUUCCAUCCAUCCAUUUUCUGUACUGCUUAUCCUCACCAAGAUAAAUCAUUUCAAAACUUUUUCCACCAAUAAUGCGACCUUCAACUCAAUUGAGAAAAAAAUAAACAUUUUAGAGAGGGGAAGUUUAAAAAGAGAAAAUGUGGUUGCACAAGUGUGCACACCUUCAUUACUAUAACUGUUCAGAAUUGUGCAUCCAUCCAUUUUCUACACUACUUAACCUGUUCAGGGUUACGGGGAGCUAAAGCCGAUCCUAGCUGACUUCACGUGAAAGCCAGACUACACCCUGAUCUGGUCGCAGGACACACAUAGCGAGAGACAACCAUUGACACUCACACUCUUACUGAGUGGGAACUGAACCAAUGCUGAGCCUUCCACUUGAAAAUAAACACUUGCAUGUCAUUUGACCAAGGCAGCGCGAUUGAAAAAACGGGGUGUAAAAGCCUUGAAUGAUGGGUUUAGUUCGGGUUAGCCAUACUCUCUUUCUGCCACCCGGAAGUAGUACCCUGACGCAUAUUGUUUACACAGACAACGAAAAGGUCUGUGGAGAGAAUUAGUACCCGUGUUCUCCUCCAAGUCAUAUUUCACAACAUUACUUCAACGCUGAAGUCGGUUCUGUCAGUCAUUUGCCCUCGGAAUUGUUACCACCAGCGGCACUCGUGUUUACAAAUAACACAAAUGGGUUUGGGUUCACAGGAAAGGUAAUGCGUAUGUGCAUUUGUGUGUGCGUGCGUGCUGGCGCCUCCCUCGAACCCCUUGGGGUUGUGUAUGGGCUUGUAACAGCAACAUUCCUCCUCUCAGCUGCUUCUGAGCACCACAUUCCAGAAAGACAGAGCCAGGAUGGAUGGGAGGGGAAAGACCGGGUGCGCAUGUGUGUGUGUAAGGGAGAAAGUCAAGAGGGGAUGGUUUGGGAGCCAUGUCAGUAGGAUGUUGUUAUAGCUAACUGUUGUGGGGCCCCCUCAGCACCACUGUGAGGUCAAAUACAGUAAAAAGAAGGAAGCGGGUGUUGCACUCAGAAGACCACUUUCUUGUAGGAAACAAACUCGUUUGCACUGUUACGUGUGAAAUAAGGGGGUUAGUCACAGAAAAGAAACCACAUUCUGAUGAUGUCAUGUGUCCGAAGGAAAAACAUUUUUAUUGAGGAUAGCAAGUGGAAAUGCGUGUGUGUGCACUGUAACAGCAUCCCUUCCCACAGUCCAAAUUCUGAACAGACACUUUGUUGUUGUCACGGGUAGGUCAGGAACAAGAAAAACAAAGAUACUCCUCAUUUGUUUUCAGUGGAAGAGGUUUAAUGAUGAAGAGCGGUGUAUUAAGCGAUCGAAUUUGUCUUCUGUUUGUAUCCUCUUUUCGAAACUUCCACCAUUGUUGCCGCAGUCCAGAGCAGAGAAAAAUAUUCACUGUCAAAUCAACGUAGUAAGUAAUAGAAAGCGAAAGAAUGUGUGCGUGAUGCUUUUGCAUGUUAUUUCUGGAAGCUGUUUGAAUCAUGUACAUGUACAUGAUGUACAUGUACAUGUACAGUAUGACCCAUUAAUCUGCCUUUUAAUUCUGGCCUUCACGUAAUAUCUAGCCACGCAUCCCCACGUUGUUAGCGGUGGAGAUUAAAAUCCUGUACUGGAUUAUCUGAGCGUUUGCUUCUGAUUUCAGAUCGCGGGGGGAUUAACCUGCUCCCUCGUCUAUUCUCGAGCACCUGUUUUGUCGUCUGUCAAAGUCGGUUAACAGUUAUUGUUACCGUACAUGGCAAUUGUCUAUAUGCAAAUGGAUUAUUUUAAAUCACGCUUCACCACACUGAAUCACAAACUACAUACAUUCAAUGUGUUUUUAGACAAUUAACAUUUUACAUGCAAUAAACGUUAUAAAUAUUUUGCUAGGUUCCAGUUUUGGGGAGUCACUACUUACAUGUAACAAGAAUAUGUAAUUUAAUUGCAAAAUCUAUGUAAUUGUAAUCCAUUACAUUACUGGGGAAAAGAUGUGCGAUUUAGUUACAGUUACUUUUGGAAAUUUCCAUGGUUACAAUUUCAGUAACAUUUGAAAAAUAGCCACAAAAGCUCAAUUUUUUUUUUUCCCGCUUCCGCCCUCUAAAACCGAGGCUUGUGAUUGGCUCUCUCUGGCCAUGUGCCAUUCUGCGGUAGUCGCAAACAUUACAUAUCUUCCCAAAUAAUGACCCGGAAGUGCCACCGUGUGGUGCAAUCCCUUAGUUUGUCUGAAAUUUGGAAAAGGUUACUUGUAGUUCCACUUGUCAACACAUAAAAGAUCACAGACUUUUGAACAGUUACACCUUCAUUUUAUUUUAUUUUUAAUGCAACAUUCACUUAUCUGCUUUGCCAUAUAGAUAAAUAAAUUG